CCGUCCGAGAAGUGGCUGGCCGUGACGUCACGAGCUUUCCUGAAAGUCAACAACAAGCCGUAGCGGCAGAAGCGCAAGCGGCGGUGCCAGGGGGGCUCGGAGGAGCAGCGGCCGCGUAUCUUUUUCAUGAUCGUUGCCAUUAGUGCAAGUCCUCGUCACUCGAAGCAAUAGGAGCGUCGACGCGGUCCUUCUCCUUGAUUUAUUUUUGCCUCAAUUCGCCGGGCUCUUCUUAUUCAUUUAUUCUCGCGCAGAGAAGGCGCGAGCGCACAGGGAGGCUGCCGAGGCGCGAGGGGGGGGAGAGCCCAUUGGUCUCCCCAUCACUGCCCGCGUGCAGGCUGAGUCACCGUCGGAGAGGGAACAGAGCGAACGAGAGAGAGAGAGAGAGAGAGAGAGAGAGAGAGAGAGAGCGAGGACGAGCGAGCGAGCAGUCGGGGGAAGGAACAGCCUCCAGAAAGGGGAGACGCAGACACCGAGCGAACGAGAGAGAGAGAGAGAGAGAGAGAGUGAGCGUGCGAGUGAGAGGGAGGGAGAGAGAGACCCCGAGGCCGCGCCCCCCCUCCUCUCUCCUCAGGAGUCUGUUUGCAGGAGGGACCGUGGGGCUUAGCCAUCAUGAGCGAUGUCACCAUCGUCAAAGAAGGCUGGGUGCAGAAAAGGGGAGAGUACAUUAAGAACUGGAGGCCGCGGUACUUCCUGCUGAAAACGGACGGCUCCUUCAUCGGCUACAAAGAGAAGCCGCAGGAUGCAGAUCUACCUUAUCCUCUCAAUAACUUUUCUGUGGCAAAAUGCCAGCUGAUGAAAACAGAAAGACCAAAGCCCAACACAUUCAUCAUCCGAUGCCUCCAGUGGACCACGGUGAUCGAGAGGACCUUCCAUGUGGACACACCGGAGGAGAGGGACGAGUGGACGGACGCCAUUCAGAUGGUGGCUGAUAAACUCCAAAGACAGGAGGAGGAGCGCAUCCAGUGCAGUCCCACUUCACAGAUCGACAACAUCGGCGAGGAGGAGAUGGACACCUCCACCAGCCACCACAAGCGCAAGACGAUGAAUGACUUUGACUACUUAAAACUACUGGGAAAAGGCACUUUUGGAAAAGUAAUUCUGGUGAGGGAGAAGGCCAGCGGAAAAUAUUAUGCAAUGAAGAUACUGAAGAAAGAAGUCAUUAUUGCAAAGGAUGAAGUGGCCCACACGCUCACAGAAAGCAGAGUACUAAAAAACACACGGCAUCCUUUCCUAACCUCUUUGAAGUACUCCUUCCAGACGAAAGACCGGCUGUGCUUUGUGAUGGAGUAUGUAAAUGGAGGCGAGCUGUUUUUCCAUUUGUCGAGAGAGCGGGUGUUCUCCGAGGAUCGCACGCGCUUCUACGGAGCCGAGAUCGUCUCCGCUCUGGACUACCUGCACUCCGCCAAGAUUGUGUACCGAGAUCUCAAGUUGGAGAACCUCAUGCUAGACAAAGACGGUCACAUCAAAAUCACGGACUUCGGGCUCUGCAAAGAAGGAAUCACGGACGCUGCUACCAUGAAGACGUUCUGUGGGACACCUGAAUACCUGGCACCUGAGGUGCUGGAGGACAAUGACUACGGCCGGGCGGUGGACUGGUGGGGGCUGGGCGUGGUCAUGUACGAGAUGAUGUGCGGCCGGCUGCCCUUCUACAACCAGGACCACGAGAAGCUCUUCGAGCUCAUCCUCAUGGAGGACAUCAAGUUCCCCCGGACGCUCUCAGCUGAUGCCAAGUCUCUGCUGUCCGGCCUCCUCAUCAAAGACCCUAACAAAAGACUUGGCGGAGGCCCAGACGAUGCUAAGGAAAUUAUGCGGCACAGCUUCUUUGUGGGGAUUGACUGGCAGGAUAUCUACGAUAAAAAGCUGAUACCUCCAUUCAAACCUCAGGUGUCGUCCGAGACCGAUACCAGGUAUUUUGAUGAAGAAUUCACAGCACAGACGAUUACAAUAACUCCCCCUGAGAAAUAUGAUGAAGAUGGAAUGGACUGUAUGGACAGCGAACGCCGCCCCCAUUUCCCACAGUUCUCGUACUCCGCCAGCGGACGGGAAUAGGUUUCCUCAGAAGCCGCGGCCGUCGCCGGAAAAUUAGGUCUCCAACAUCAACGACUCAGCCCGACCCCAAAACUUGAGUUUACCCCCUCUUCCUCCUCCCCCUCCUCCUCCCCCCUCUGGGUCUUUAUUUAUUUUCUAGACGGGGUAAACUCUCCAACUCUUAGAAGUCGUCUUUUUUUUUGUUUGGUUUUGUUGUUGUUGUUGUUUUUAUAAGGACUUGGAUUUUGCACGCUGGGUUUAGGCUGGCUGUCUGUCGGUCUGGCCCUGUCUAAAGCCUCCUUACAGCAUUGUGGUUGACUGCAAAGGACUGACUUCUGUUGUUCAAUUGUUUGUUUUUGUUCCUUUAAUUUAAUUUUAUUUUAAUUUUUUUUUGCUCGUUUACUUUCUUUUCUGUUCAGUCGAAAGCCACUCACAUUCCGCGUCGGGAACAAGAACGGAAACGCUGCCUUACACGCUGUUCCAUUUCAGACAGGCAGGGGGCGCCACCACGUGGCUCGUGGUUCACAGGAGCUUUUCGAAUUGCCAUUGCUGUGUGUUGCAGAAAAGAUUAAGGUGCAUGCCACCCUCUAAAUGCCAAUUGCCAGUUAGAUCUUUCAGUUAGGCCAGAAAUUAUAUAAUAUGUUUUUUUUUGGGGAAUAGAAACUGCCAGAAACACUUCACUCAGGCUACACAGAUGACAGCUGUGUGAAACUCAGUUACAGGUACAGUGUUACUAGCUUUACUCACCAGGGGAAAUCACCAAUGCCACUAACAAUACCAAAUACUCUGUCCACAUCAGUCUCUCAUGGAUAAGAAGGCAGUCAUAGAUAUACACAUAACUAUUUAUUUUACAGCACUUCUAGAGUUUAGGUUUUUAAUCCCCCAAAAAGCGUAUUAGUAGGCUUUUUUGUUAUACUGUAAGCAUUUAGAGGGCUGUGUGUCACGUUGUGUGAAUCUGUAUAUAAAAAGCCAAAAGCUCCCAGGAUUCAUGGCAAUGUGAGCCAAAAAGGUCCUGUGAACUGCAGCCAGGUGUGCGCUUACCUGUCCGUGAGACAGAGAUUCAGUCCCCCCCCAGGGCAGAGUGAGGGGAGGCAGAGGUACGUGCUGUUAGGAGCUCCCGAGGGAGACCCACGCUGGCCGCUGUCAGCUGGGUUUUCAGUCCUUUUGGUGUUGUAAAUAUGCAAUGCUUUUUUUUUUUUUUUUUUUUAGACAUAUCAUUGCUAGAAAACAAGACUUUUUGUGUUAUUGUAUUAAUAGCUG